GUCUGCGCACUUCCUGUAUCACGUGACCAGGCGUGACGUCAAAGAUCAGCUGAUCGCUGCAAGACGCGAAGAGAAAGAAACAAGAUGGCGCUGACUGGCUGUCCAAGGAUGAAUUCUCUUUCCUCAGCCGUGCUCGGCCUCCUUUUCCUCUCCACUGGUGUCUACGGAGACAGCUUGACGGUGCUGCAAGCUCCAGAGUUUGUGUCCUUCCAGAAAGGAGAGUGGCCCAUUUCUGGAGAAAAGAUACCAGACCUGGUUGCGGUCACAAUGGGCUUCUCUGUUCAAGAGGAUCUGUCUUGGCCUGGUCUCCAAGCCGGUCCUCUGUUCCAGCGUCCCCGUGCAAACGUUCUGGUGGUGGUCCGAGGAGCAAAGAGCCUAGACUUCCCUCAAAGUGUGGCCUCCUAUCCGCUAGAGAACCCUGUGCCGUUCACAAUGGACAGCGUCGCAGAGACUGUGCAUUCCCUAUUUGCUGAGGACACACCUGUCGUGCUGCAGCUGGCCCCCAGUGAAGAGAGGCUGUACAUGCUGGGCAAAGCCAACGCCGUGUUUGAGGACCUCCCAGUGACUUUGCAGCAGAUUCGAGGCCGUCUGUCCCAGGAGGGCUCUGUGCUGGCUUCCCUGCCCCUCAACUCCCUCAGCAGAAAUGCAGAGUCGGAUUUGCUCUUUCUGUCAGAGAUCCAAGUCCUGCAUGAUAUCACAGCUCUGCUGCAGAGACACAAGCACUUGGCCAAGGACCACUCCCCAGACCUGUACUCCUUAGAGCUAUCUGGCUUGGAGGAGCUGAGCCGCGCCUACGGACCAGACUCGCCACAGUACCGUGACGCCAUCACCAUUCUUGCCUCCGUCUUGCAAAAGUUUGGAGAGGAUGUGUACAGUCUCUAUGGCAACAGCGCCGUCGUGGAGGUGGUAACUGUAAAGAACUUUGAGGCUCCCUUGACCAGGAAGUCCCGCUCCAUUUUGGAGUCCAAACAGAUUAGCAACCCAGGCAGCCCCUACAACCUGGCCUACAAGUACAACUUCCACUACGCCGUGGUCUUCAACAUCGUGCUGUGGCUCAUGAUCGUGCUGGCGCUCGCCGUCAUCGCUGUCGGAUACAACCUGUGGAACAUGGACCCGGGCUACGACAGCAUCAUCUACAGGAUGACCAACCAGAAGAUUAGGAUGGACUAAAACAAAAGCUGACCUCCUGCACUCCCCCAGAUACCCGCUUGUCUUUGGUUUGGUGCGACGUCGUGUUUGGUGAAUACCUUGAAGGUUUACAACGCUGCUGUGAUCAUUGAAAAUGUUGAAAUUACACAUUUUAUUCCUUGUAGGUAAACCUUCUCACUGUUUUGUGAAAUUCUGCAACUAUGUUUUAAAUUAAGAAUAAUAUGUGUAUAUAUUGAAAAUACGAUUAAAUGACAAACUGCUGUGCUCUUAUUGUGGAAAAAAAAUAUUGUGAAGAGAUGUGUUGUGUUUACUCUGGCAAAUAUUCACCCGACUGAAAGGAGAUGAGCUGUAAAUGGCUAAACAAUGAAUAAAUGAUUAUGGGUAAGAC